CGUAAACGUAACAAAAUCAAAACAAAAAUAAAGUAACAUCUGUUCUGCAUCAACAAGAGUAUUUCAAAGGGCUUUUAAUUAAUUCUAAGGUUUUAAGAAAGUUAUUUAUCAUGACAACAAGAAGAUUAUAUGCUUGGGGAGCAAACAGUUACAGUCAGUUAGGAUUGGACAAAAAAAGUGAAUAUGAGUUGCCGACAGAAGUAAAAAUCAAUAUACAAGAUAUAAAGAAGAUUUGCGGAGGAGCUCGUCAUACAAUAAUCUUGGAUGGACGUGGAGAUUUACACAUAGCAGGCAAAAGCGAUUUAUCUCCGACUGAAUAUGAAGGAAUGUUUAAGAAACUUGAAUUAAAUAAGAAAUUCAAAGACGUGGUUUGUGGAUUUGACAUGACAGCGGCAUUUACUGAUGACAAUAAAUUAAUGGUGUGGGGAAAUAAUAAAAACAAUCAACUGGGAUAUCCAAACAUGUCAGUUAUCAAAGAACCAAUAGAAUUGUCAUUACCAGACAAUGAAACAGCAAUUAAUGUGAAAUUUGGACUUAAACACACUGCCAUCCUCACAAAGUCCCAUCACAUUUUUAUCGUCGGUCUACUGAAACAUUUCAAGAAUGACAAAAAUGCGUCAUAUAAAGAAGUUGAUCAUAAUUCAAUUGAGUGGCUCCAAUUGAUACCCAAUAUCGUUAUAACUCAGAAUGAUAUAACACAUAUCGUAUGUGGUCAAAAUCACAUUUCAUUUGUUAUUGAUAGACAUGUGAUAUAUGCACAUGGGGAUAAUAAAUUUGGUCAGUGCAGUCAAACUGAAACGUCCGAGAAAAUUAUGAAAUUUGAAUCUGGAUGGACACACAAUGGAUAUUUGACAGAAUCAAAUUCACUCUUUCUUUAUGGUCGUAACAAUUAUGGACAGCUGGGAACUAGGAGUAAAGUUCUUAAUGGAAUUACCACGCCUCAAAAAUGUUCAAUUUAUCCGGUGAAUGAUUUUUCACUUGGUGCUGAGCAUGGGAUAUUGAAAUCUGGAAGAGAUAUUUACACUUGGGGAUGGAAUGAACACCGAAAUUGCGGUCAUGAUACUGAUGAUGAUAUAAUUGAGCCAAAACUUUUACAGCUAUGCAGUCAUAUUAGUGAAAUUGUUUUUGUUAUUGCUGGUGCUGGAUUUUGCAUGGUGCUUCUGGAAACAUGUGAUAAAUGACAGAAUUACAAAAUGGAUUUUCGUGCAGAACUAAAAUGCAUCAAAGUUGCUCUAUUUUUUUGAUACGGGAAAAUUUAUUUGAAUUUGCUUUUAUUGCUGUAUAUGCAUUGAAAAAGUCUGAACAUAAAUCACUUGCUUUUGAACUAUUUUACUCUAAAUAAAUUUGCAAAAAA